AUGGAUUCAACUCUGAAUUCGGAACGCCGGCCAUUUUCAAUUAAACUAUGGCCUCCAAGCCAAAAUACAAGGCAAGUGCUCGUGGACCGGAUGAUAAACAAUCUUAGCACUAAAUCCCUUUUCACUGAGAAGUAUGCCUUGCUCAGUAGGGAAGAGGCUGAGCAAAAUGCAAAACGAAUUGAGGAUGUGGCUUUUGCCACUGCAGACCAGAACUAUGAAAAGGAACCAGAUGGAGAUGGAAGUUCUGCAGUGCAGCUUUAUGCCCGGGAAUGUAGUAAGCGCCUGAUGGAAGUUCUUAAAAAAAAACCUAGAAGCAAGGAGGACAGCAAAGUGACAUCCGACCCUACACCCACUCAAACUCUGUUUGAUAUAUCUAAAGGUAUCCGGGCCUUUAUUGAGGCCGAGGAAGCUGAGAAACUUUUGAAGCCAUUGACGGAGCCAGGGAAUACUUACUCCAAAAUAUGUUUCAGCAAUAGAAGCUUUGGCCAAGGAGCAGCCCAUGUUGUUGAGCCCAUAUUGGUUUCCCUUAAGAAUCAGUUGAAAGAAGUUGACCUAUCAGAUUUUAUAGCAGGGAGACCAGAGGCAGAAGCUCUUGAAGUCAUGAAUAUCUUUGCAGCUGCCUUGGAAGGUAGUGCGUUGGAGUCUCUGGAUCUCUCUAACAAUGCCUUGGGUGAGAAAGGUGUUAGGGCUUUUGGGGCACUCCUCAAAUCACAAAGAUGCUUGGAGGAACUCUAUUUGAUCAAUGAUGGCAUUUCAGAAGAAGCUGCUCGAGCAGUUUGUGAGUUGAUUCCUUCCACAGAGAAGCUUAGAGUCCUCCAUUUUCAUAAUAAUAUGACGGGAGAUGAAGGGGCAAUUGCUAUUUCUGAGGUCGUGAAGCGUUCUCCCCUAUUGGAGGAUUUCCGUUGCUCCUCCACUAGGGUAGGCUCUGAGGGAGGAAUUGCCUUAUCUGAAGCACUUGAGACUUGUACCCAUCUAAAGAAGCUGGAUUUGCGGGACAACAUGUUUGGGGUAGAAGGUGGAGUUGCAUUGAGCAAAGCUCUCUCCAAGCAUGAAAGUUUGAAAGAGGUUUACCUUAGCUACCUGAACUUAGAAGAUGAGGGUGCAGUUGCAAUUGCUAAUGCUCUCAAGGAAUCAGCUCCUUCACUUGAAGUCUUUGACAUUGCUGGAAAUGAGAUAAAAGCUAAAUCUGUUCCUGCUAUUGCAGCUUGUAUAGCAACAAAGACACUUCUCUCCAAGCUGAAUUUGGGUGAGAAUGAACUCAAGGAUGAAGGUACUAUUCAGAUCAGCAAAGUGUUAGAGGGUCUUCCCCAGUUGAAGGAAGUUGAUAUGAACACCAACUUAAUCAGGAGAGCUGGGGCUCGGGUGUUGGCACAAGCUCUGGUUCAGAAGCCUGGUUUUAAGUUGCUGAACAUCAACGGAAAUUUCAUCUCUGAUGAGGGCAUAGAUGAGGUGAAGGAUGCAUUCAAGAAAUCUCCUGAUAUGCUUGGGUCUUUGGAUGAGAAUGAUCCUGAAGGAGAAGAUGAUGACGGUGAUGAUGACAAAGAAUCUGAAAAGGGUGAAGGCAAUGAGGAUGAAUUGGAAUCAAAACUGAAGAACCUUGAAGUUGGCCAAGAAGAAUAG